CCCAAAAGAGAUAAGAGAGCAAAGGUAUCCACACAACUCAAAAGGGAAGGAAGAAGGAGAGCAGUCCGCAGGUUCUUUCUUUAGUGCGAAGCUCUUACUGUUCGAGCCAUAACUUGAGAUUUACUCGUCCGAUUAAGGCGUAUAAGGUACCAAAAGAAAGCUCUCAAGACGAGGAAUCCGUGGAGGUCUGGUUUGCAUCAAUCGGAGUAGUGGAAGGCUUCCAGAUUGUCCGAACAAAACGCAACCUCGCAGAACACAGUUUUGUAUUCAAAGAAUCGAGUUAGCCGGAAAACACCCGUUCUAGGGGCUGUUUUCGUAUCAACGAUUAAGGGUUGAACUAGCACUUUGAGGAGGCUGUUUAACACUCAUAUUUGAGCAAGGAAUCAGUUCCAAAUCCACCUUGACCAAAGCUUUGACCAUUGGACCAAGAAGGGAAAGUUUAAAGCUCAAUUGAGUUUCAGGUAGGACUUGAAGGUUGCUACCACGCCCGUUGCUUCGGGAAGAUCAAAGGAGGAGGACGUGGUUCGUGCUUCUUCCGUUUCUGUUUUAAACAAUUACAAUAAUGCUCAUGGGAAUUAUUUUGAAUACUAUUUGGGGGCUUGUAUGCCCAUGUUUGCCACGUGUGGCUUGAAUACGUGUAUUAAUGUUUCCGCUGCUUUAUAUGAAUAUUUUACAUUAUGUUUGUUUAUGGAUGUACUAUGUGUGAAUGGUAUUCAAGACGCCUAGUAUAGUAUGGAUGAGUUGGACUGCGGUUGACUAUUCGUACUGUACGGCGGGUUGUUGACGUGUCCGGUAGGUCCGGGGCGUGACAAUUAAGUUGGUAUCAGAGCCUUAGUCCGUAAACUUCAUAAUGAAGCUUCAAAAUCCCUUUUGAAAAUGAUUUUGAAAACCAUGAGCAUAAAAGUUUUGCACUUAUAGAACUUUUGGUACUUGAGUUGCAGUGUCUCUAAUUGUUAAGAUGGUACCCUUAACAAUUGGUAUGACGGUGAUUUGAGCCAAAGGAUGUCUUUAAGUGCCUAUCCGUCACUUGACAUUGAUACGAGUCUAAUGGCUCAUUCUCAAUUUCUUUCUGAAAUGGAACGUACCGGGAAAGUUACUCGACGGAACCCGACUGGCCAGGCACCGGGAAGGUCCCAACGUGGCAGUCGGGGAGCAUCGAGGAUGUCCGGGGGACAAGGUCGUGCAGGCCACUCGCUGACCGUGAGUGACGGUCACGUGGAAACAAUAGAUGAGCACUAUGAGUCCGAGGAAGAUUCAACUUACCAACCGGGAACUGAGCCGGUUGACACCCCAUAUGAUGGGGAACACGAUGAUGCUAGUGAUGAGAGUGAUGAUAAUGACGCUCUUGAACGGAUUGAGGAAUUGCUCCGGCAAUACCAACAAGAUCGCCAAAGGCGCCGGGAAAGGCGUGCUUUGGAAGGGGCUUCGAGGAGAGGAAGCCGCGCGACUCCUAGGGAGAGCAUUGAACUCCGAGGAGGUCGAGGUGCCGAGGUUCCUAUCAUAAGGAUCUCAAAGUACCUAAAGGAGGCAAGAGACUUGGGAUGUAAACCGUUUGAUGGAACGGGAGACAUCUCCGUGGCGGCCGAGUGGAUUAAGAGAUUCAAUGAAACGGCCCUUGAUAUGCAGCUGCCACCCCAUAUGAAGAUGAGAGUGGCAACAAGAUUGCUAGAAGGAAUGGCGUCCACGUGGUGGGACGGUGUCAAAGGGAAGUACGGUGAGGCGGUCACUUGGGAGAACUUCAGGCAAGAAUUCUUUAGCCAAUACUACUCCGACUUCGAGGUGAACUUGAAGAGGAGGGAGUACACGAAUUUGACCCAAGGAGGGGAAUGCACGGUGAAGGAACUUGAACACAAGUUCAGAAAGCUUGCUGAGUUCAUACCGGAGUACAUUUGUGAUGAAAAUCGGAUGGUGAACCAUUUCUGGGAUGCCUUGGACCUUGACAUACGUGAGAGGGCAACACAAUUGCCUAAUAUGACAUUUAGUCAAGUGGUGGAACAAGGUUUAAAGGGAGAGAAGGAGUGGGAAGAGAGGAAGCGAAGAAAUGCCGAGGAGGCAAAGAAAAGAAAAUGGGAGAACCAUGGCCCCCAAGGUUCAAACAAGAAGAUGAAUCACGGGGGAGGAGGAUCCUUCAGGGCACCCGCACCACCAUCAAGGGGGAAUCCCAACAUGGGUGGGCAAAACUCGGGGUUACAAGCCUCGACGAAGCCUAAGUGCAGGAAUUGCAAGAGAAAUCACGAGGGCAAAUGUCGUGAUCCCCCACGGUGCUACCAAUGCGGAGAUACGGGGCACAUAAGGCCUAAUUGCCCUCAACUUGGUGGGAACCGGUCAUCAGGACCAAACGUGGCAACCACGGUGAGUAGAAACCGGGGUGGGGCACCCAAUGCAAGCACGAACCACGGCGGGGCAAGUACAAGCAACGCACCCUCCGUGAACCAAGGAAGGACUCAAGCGAGAGUGUACGCAAUGACCGAGGCCGAUGCUCGGGCUAAUCCCGACUCCGUCGCAGGUAAUACACUUAUUCUGGUCAUUUCUAGGCUUACUUUGAUCAUAUACGUCGUUGGGAUUGAGUACGGGCCACCCCGGGGUCAAACCGGGUGAGUUAGGCCAAAUCGGGCUGGAAACAGCCACUGCUGGCCAGGCACGCCCGCAGACACGCCGUGCCUGGCAUCGUGCCUGGAAGGCAGUGGCACCCGAAGAAAAGAAGAAAAAAAAAAAAAAUUUGGGCCAGGCACGGCCGCAGGCACGCCGUGCCUGGCGUCGUGCCUGGAAGGCAGUGGCGCCCCGAAGAAAAUUUGGCCAGGCACGGCCGCAGGCACGCCGUGCCUGGCACCGUGCCUGGGAGGCAGUGGCUGGCAGGGAGAAUCCUGUGCACGCACGGCCGUGCGUGCCACCCAGGCACGCCGUGCGUGGACCCCCGGCAACCGAAAACUCAUUUUUUCGCUCCGUUCUUCUACGUUUGGACCCCCGAUUGAUUCCAAACAGUAAUAUGAACCUAAUAACCUCCUAAUGAUGUGUAAAAACAUUAGAAAAGGUAUCCCACAUGACUAUAAAUGUAGGAACACUAAAGAUUAAUGGGAAGCAUGCGCGAAUCCUUAUCGAUACCGGAGCGCAACGCUCAUUCGUAAGUGAGGCGUUCGCCGAGGGCUCAGAGAUACAAUCAAUACCAAUGACGCGAACUUUAGUGGUAUCAACACCACUAAGGGAAGACGUUGAAAGAACCAAGUACUAUCAGUCUUGUAUGGUGGAAAUCGGUGGCCAAACCUUGACGUGUGAUUUCGUCCCGCUGAGUAUGAUGGAGUUCGAUGCAAUCCUAGGGAUGGAUUGACUAGAAAAGCAUCAUACUAGGGUAGAUUGCGACACAAAGGUCUUGGGACUCGAAGGCAAUGAUGGGGAUACCCUACGCUUCGAGGGGGACCGAGGCAAAUCAAACAGCUGUAUCGUAUCCGCUGCGAGAGCGAGAAGUAUGAUGAGAAAGGGAUGUCACGCUUAUCUAGCAUACGUGGUUGACAAGACCAAGGAGGAAACGAACAUCGACGAUGUGAGGGUGGUUUGUAAGUACCCGGAUGUCUUCCCAAAGGACCUGCCGGGGCUUCCACCUGAUAGGGAGAUUGAAUUUGUGAUCGAGGUCGAGCCCGACACCAAACCAAUCUCCAUACCGCCAUACCGUAUGGCACCCGCUGAACUUAACGAGUUAAAAACCCAAUUGCAAGAGCUUUUGGAUAACAGUUUCAUCAGACCAAGCCACUCCCCAUGGGGAGCACCGGUCCUUUUUGUGAAAAAGAAGGAUGGGACACUUCGAAUGUGCAUUGACUAUCGUCAACUGAACAAGGUCACAAUCAAAAAUAGGUAUCCCUUGCCUAGGAUUGAUGACUUGUUUGAUCAACUACGAGGAGCAACCGUGUUUUCAAAGAUUGACUUGAGGUCGGGGUACCAUCAAUUGAAGAUUAAGGAGGAUGACAUACCAAAGAGUGCUUUCCGCACAAGGUAUGGGCAUUUUGAGUUCCUUGUUAUGUCGUUUGGGUUAACAAACGCCCCAGCAGCAUUCAUGGACUUGAUGGACCGAGUAUUCCAUAAAUACUUGGAUCGAUUCGUGAUUGUGUUCAUAGAUGACAUUUUGAUUUACUCAAAGAGUAAGGAAGAGCAUGAAGAGCACUUGAUACUCGUUCUUGAGACGCUACGGGAGAAGCAACUUUAUGCCAAAUUUUCUAAAUGUGAAUUUUGGCUAAAGGAAAUUGGCUUUCUCGGGCAUGUGGUUUCGGGAUCGGGAAUUGCUGUUGAUAAUAAGAAGAUAGGGGCCAUUACCGAAUGGGAUAGACAAAAGAGUUAUGCAGAUAAGCGUCGAAGAACCUUAGAGUUUAAGGUUGAUGACGAGGUAUUCUUGAAAGUUUCUCCUUGGAAAGGGAUCAUUCGGUUCCAAACCCGAGGAAAACUUAACCCACGAUAUAUAGGUCCAUUUAGGAUUAUAGAGAGGAUUGGAGCCGUUGCAUAUCGUCUACAGUUGACUCCUGAGUUAGAGAAGAUACAUAAUGUGUUUCAUGUAUCCAUGCUUAAGAAGUAUGUGCAUGAUCCUUCUCAUGUGUUGGAGAAGCCGCCCGUGGAGGUACGUGAAGAUUUGAACUAUGUCGUGCAACCGGUAAGAGUUAUUGACAGAAAAGUGAAGAAACUGAGGAGUAAAGAAGUUCCAAUGGUUAAAGUCCUUUGGAAAAGUGACCGGGUCGAAGAAGAGACUUGGGAAACAGAAGCUUUGAUGAGAAAGCAGUAUGCAUUCCUAUUUGAGUAGAGCUGUGAAUUUCGGGGACGAAAUUCCUGUUAAGGGGGGGUGAACUUGUGACACCGCUCCCGAAGGUCCUUGAAAAUUUGAUUUAAAAUUCAAAGUUUAUGUAUUGGAUUUCUGAUUUCCAAACAUUUGUUAAACGAUUAAUGUUUUACGUAAUUAAUGACCGAUUAUUAUACUGUUCGAACUCGUAUAUUAGUAUCGGGCUGGCGAAUACUCAUUUUGGGCCCAACCUGCUAAAAAAUAGCAAGUAUUCGAGAAUGGCGUCCUGGAUCCACUCGGGAGUGACCCACACAGCUAGUAGUCCAAUAAUAUGUAUGACAAAUGUCAAAUAAGUGAUAGAAUGAUUAAAGGAGAAUACAAAUGCCUAUAACCCCAUCUUUGGCAUUAUUGAGCUAAAUAAUGGGAGUAGGAUUUUCCUCCUAUAAUAUCCAUCAAGUAAAUUAUUGAGAUGAGCCUACACAUAUUGGAGACCAAUAAUGUGAUGUAGGAAGUUGACUUGUUCUAAAUAAAUUAGGAUGAGUACAAAAAAGACAUCUAUUGACAAAAGAUAAAACAAUAGGACCCAUCUUCCCAUUUUUUUGGAAGUAUUGGUAGAUAUUUUGGACCCCAAAAUGAUUGGGAUCAAUUGGGAACCACUCCACAUGCCUUGGUAACAUGAUUGAGAGCUCUUGUAUACUCCCACAACCCCCCAUUCGACCCCCCAAAAGAGAUAAGAGAGCAAAGGUAUCCACACAACUCAAAAGGGAAGGAAGAAGGAGAGCAGUCCGCAGGUUCUUUCUUUAGUGCGAAGCUCUUACUGUUCGAGCCAUAACUUGAGAUUUACUCGUCCGAUUAAGGCGUAUAAGGUACCAAAAGAAAGCUCUCAAGACGAGGAAUCCGUGGAGGUCUGGUUUGCAUCAAUCGGAGUAGUGGAAGGCUUCCAGAUUGUCCGAACAAAACGCAACCUCGCAGAACACAGUUUUGUAUUCAAAGAAUCGAGUUAGCCGGAAAACACCCGUUCUAGGGGCUGUUUUCGUAUCAACGAUUAAGGGUUGAACUAGCACUUUGAGGAGGCUGUUUAACACUCAUAUUUGAGCAAGGAAUCAGUUCCAAAUCCACCUUGACCAAAGCUUUGACCAUUGGACCAAGAAGGGAAAGUUUAAAGCUCAAUUGAGUUUCAGGUAGGACUUGAAGGUUGCUACCACGCCCGUUGCUUCGGGAAGAUCAAAGGAGGAGGACGUGGUUCGUGCUUCUUCCGUUUCUGUUUUAAACAAUUACAAUAAUGCUCAUGGGAAUUAUUUUGAAUACUAUUUGGGGGCUUGUAUGCCCAUGUUUGCCACGUGUGGCUUGAAUACGUGUAUUAAUGUUUCCGCUGCUUUAUAUGAAUAUUUUACAUUAUGUUUGUUUAUGGAUGUACUAUGUGUGAAUGGUAUUCAAGACGCCUAGUAUAGUAUGGAUGAGUUGGACUGCGGUUGACUAUUCGUACUGUACGGCGGGUUGUUGACGUGUCCGGUAGGUCCGGGGCGUGACAUGUAACCCUUUACUCCUAUCAGUAUAUAGUAGUCAUAUUUCAAAAUU